AGCGAGGCGCAUCUGAAAGAGUGGUAGAGGAGGAGAGGAUAACAGCACACCACCAACAGUCUGGUGUUUCAGGAGUGUCCUGAAUCUGUCCUUAAAGCUGACUCGAACUGGUCUGGACCGAUCUGCUUCUUAUAAAGAGAGCUGGCACACGGGGAAGACUGUUUCACGCGUGAAGAAUGGAGAAGCACAAAGUGCUGGAGCAGCUGUUGGAGCAGCUUCAGAGGUUUCUGAAGAUUCUGGACGGAGAGAAGCUGAGUGGAAAUGCCGCAGUACAAAAGGGCCUUCUGACAGAGCUGCUACAAUCUUACAAGUCCUCCUCCGGAGGAGACGAGGAAUACAUUUACAUGAACAAGGUCAUCGUCACAAGUCAAAGCCAAGACAAAACAGACAAAGACCACAGACCAGAAGAAGCCAACGGAGAGCUGGGUAAACACAUUCCCCUACCUGUGAAGAACCCACCUGAGCCCCCUCCUCCCAGAUCAAGCAACAUCGGGAGGGAACCCUUUCCUCUUCCACCCACUCCUGCUCCAGCGUCUUCAGACACCGAAGGCUACUAUGAAGAAGCUCAACCCUAUGACUCCACCAUCAAUGAUUUUGGCUGCUUUGCCAUCAUCACAAGUGCCAGGAAUCGUGUCGACGCUUCGAACAAUGUGAACUAUCCUGUGAUCUUUUGGGAAGAUAUAGAGGCAGUGAGCAGUUCAUACGAAUCGUACGAUGAGGAGGAAGCAACGAAGGGAAAGUCCACAGCGCAGCACCAGUGGCCAUCCACAGAGGCUUCCAUCGAGUUAAUGAAGGACGCCCGUAUCUGUGCCUUCCUCUGGAGAAAGAAGUGGCUCGGCCAGUGGGCCAAACAGCUGUGUGUCAUUCGUGAACAUCGUCUCCUGUGCUACAAAAGCUCAAAGGAUCAGAUGCCGCUGCUGGAUAUCAGUCUGCUGGGCUGCAGUGUCAUCUACAAAGAGAAGCAAACAAAGCGGAAAGAACACAAGUUAAAAAUCACACCGCUGGGUGGAGAAGCCAUCGUCCUGGGACUGCAAAGCAAAGAUCAGGCCGAACAGUGGCUGAAGGUGAUUCAGGAAAUCAGUCCUAAAAACACUGCGGGAUCUGAUGUAACGGACUCCCCGACACUCAUCUGCACUAAGGGUGAACAUAGUGAGAGGUACUCGGUGGCAUCGGAGAGCGGAAGCAGCACAGACAGUCACGCCGAGAACCUGGAGAACAAAGAUGUUAAAAAGAAAUACGGCAAGUUAAGUAACUUUAUGAACAUCGGGAAAAAGAAGGUUUCCUCUUUGGAGAGCCCAGAGAAGGCGCUGGAUACAUCAGGUUAUCUUCAUGUUCUGGUGAACCUGCAGUGGAAAAACCGAUGGUGCUCAAUACAGAACAGACAGCUUUGGAUCUACAAUGAUAAGUACAAGACCAAAGUAGCCCAGCAGCCGGUGCCUCUGGAGGGGUGCAUGGUGCUGCCGGACCCCAGCCCUGAGCAUCUCUACUCAUUCCGCAUCCAGAUGGACGGAGAAGAGCUCGCAACCCUUGAAGCCAAAUCUUCUGCCGAUAUGGGCCACUGGCUAGGGCUCAUACUUUCUCAGACGGGCACCAAAACAGACCCGGAAGACCUCACAUACGACUAUGUGAACUCUGAGAGAGUAUCCAGUAUUGUCAAUGCUGCCAGGACAUCCAUGUAUCUGAUGCAGAGGAGGUACUCAGAGCCCAACACGUAUACAGACAGCCCUCCAUCAGACCCUCAAACCUGCGAUGACAUAUACGAUGACGUGGCAUCCAUAGAUAAUGAGCAAGAGGAGGUUCAAGAGGAUCAGGACAGCAGCUAUGAGCUCACGAUAAACACAGAGCAGAACGAGAAGGACAGAAUAUAUCUGGAUCUGAUCCCGGUUCGUUCCUUCCUGCACACGAGCCCGGGCAGCGUGUCGCCCCAGACGGAGUCCAGCCCAUCGGCUUUUCCACAGGAGGAGCAUCCACACCCUGCCAAUGAGCCUGAAAACAAAGACUCAUCGCCAAGCAGCACAGAGCAUCCCGAUCCUCCAAUACAACUCGCAGAUGCCUCCUCACCCCCAAAUCUGCACGUCCAGACUCAAAAAACCAGUCAUGAAGGCCUGAAAAAAACCUCAUCCUCCACACUGCCAUCCCAGCCCCAAACAUCUUCACAUACGACCCAGAUUUCACCCAACUCCAGAAAAAGAGCAGCCAGUGCGGACAGACUUCUAGACAAACUCAAAUUCUCUGCAGCGGGCCCGGGGUCAGUGGAAGUGAAGUUAGGGAAGAACAGGACAGAAGCUGAUGUCCGACGAUACACAGACGAGAGGGACGGACUGGAGCGAGAGAGGGAGGAGGUUAAAAACACUCUCGCUGCAUUGAGGAAGGACAGACGGGAGGUGAAAGAGGAACUGAACUCCUGCCAAGACUCCACCCAGCAAGCUUCUUUGGAGGCACGUCUGAAGCAAAUGGAGGAGACGUGUCGUGAGGCGGAGCGCCGGCGGGUGGAGGUUGAGCUUCGACUGAUGGAAGUAAAGGAGAAUUUGAGAAAAGUGGAAGCUGGACCCUUUACAUUGGGCACCACCGUAGAUAGCAGUCUACUGGAAACUCCAACACCUAAGACAGCACCUGUUUCCUCCCCUGCUCCAAAUAUCCCCAUCAACAAUGGAGAUUCACCUGUCAACUCUGCCACAGUGUUGAAGAACAGACCCAUGUCCAUCAUGGCAUCCAGCAAAGGAAAUGUUCUGCAGAAAGCCAAGGAAUGGGAGAAAAAAUCAGCAACUUAGUGGAUGGGAAUAGAAAGAGUAAAUUGACUUUUUAGCCCAAGCGCAAAGGACUGCUAAGGCAAAUGCUUGAGGGAAAGAGGAAGAGAGGGUGUGCCCAAUAACCUGCAGGCUCCGCCUCUCUGAAGCCACACCUCCCCUCAUAUCUGCUUCUCAAAGGCUGAGAUGGUACUGUGUGCUUGCAGGCAGCUGAUCCAACAAUGUUUUGUUGCUGACAAUAUUUUUUUUGUCCCCGACUAUGUUACCCUGCCAUAUAAUGCCACUGGACAACUGUUUUUAUUGAAGUCACUUUUAUGUAAGAAAUAGGAAGGGAUUUAUCGAAACAUUUUUAUAAUACAUGGAUUUGAAAAUCACAAUGUGUUUAAAUCACCAUGAAGACCUUAAAAUAACCCAUUUGGUACAUCUGAUACAUUGUAGCUUGGUUCAUGUAUGCUGGUAGCCAAGAUGUGAAUAUAUAUUACAUAUCUGUUCAGUGUUGUUGUAUGCUAGCUGAAACAUGCACUUUUUAUUCAAAUAAAAGUUUGUACUGACAAAAAUUGUGCAAGU